AUCCUUUUCUCCACCUCCAGGAUACAGAUGGGCCAAUCUCAAAGCACUCCUCUUUCUCUCCUUGUUGCUAACUUCAGGGAUGUUAGAACCAGAGGACAGAAUUUGAGUCUAGACAUCCGGAGGGGAAAAAUAAUAACUCUCUGCCGCUCCGGAUGGCCAACCUUCAGCAUUGGAUGGCCACCCGAAGGAACUUUUUGCCUCCCUAUAAUCGCUAAGGUGAAGUCAAAGAUUUUUCUACCGGGUCUCGAGGGGCACCCGGAUCAGAUUCCCUACAUUCUAGUAUGGCAAGAUUUGGUAGAAAAUCCACCCCCUUGGUUGGCCCCCUUUCUGUCAUCAGGAACAUGUAAGGUCCUUGCCAUGCGGCCUGCAGACCCCCCAAAGCCAAAGAUACCAUCUGUGCCCUUGUAUCCUAUAUUGCCUGGUAGUCAGGACCUACUAUCCCUAGACCCUCCACCCUAUCAUCCCCCUCCCCUCGUACCCCAGGCCCCACCAGCGCCAGCCGCCCCACCGGUCGCCCCGCUAAUUGCCUCCCUAGGGGAACCAGGAGGGCAGGAAGCAGCAGCAGCGCCAGGAGCAGCUGCAUCGGGCCCCAUUGAAAACGAAACCGACCACGAAGGGCCAGCCGGCCGAACCCACGGGCACACCCAGCGUGAGCCAAACCUUCGCCUCCCUUACUCCACUGUAGCCCUACCCCUGUGGGAAAUAGGACCCCCAGAUGAAACGGGCAACCCCCGACUCCAGUAUUGGCCCUUUUCCACCAGUGACCUUUACAACUGGAAAACAGAACGCUCAUUCUCUGAUAACCCUAAAGACCUAAUAGCUCUUUUAGACAGUGUUAUGUUCACCCACCAGCCCACCUGGGAUGACUGUCAGCAGCAACUCCGUAUCCUGUUCACCACAGAGGAACGGGAGAGGAUCCAAUUAGAAGCAAGAAAGCUGGUUCCCCGAGACGACGAUCAACCGACACCUAACCCUGACCUCAUUAAUGCGGCUUUCCCCCUAACCAGGCCUCCACAGGAUGAAUGGGACUACAACACAGCAGAAGGUAGGGGAAAGCUACUCAUUUAUCGCCAGACUCUGAUGGCGGGUCUCCGGGCUGCAGCUCGCAAGCCCACCAAUUUGGCUAAGGUAUAUUCAGUCGUACAGGGAAAGACAGAGAGUCCAGCUGCCUUUAGACUAAUGGAAGCCUUUAGGCAGUUUACCCCCAUGGAUCCAGAGGUCCCUGAAAAACAGGCAGCUGUCGUUAUGUCCUUCGUGAACCAAGCAGCUCCUGACAUUAAGAAAAAACUCCAAAGGCUAGAGGAUUUAGAAGGUAAACAGAUCCAAGAUUUACUCCGCAUAGCACAGCGGGUCUACAACAACAGGGACACCCCAGAAGAGAGACAGAUCAAGGCCACAAAGAAAAUGACUAAAGUCCUGACCGCAAUAGUCCAGAAAGAGCAGCCACCCCCAGAAGGCACUCAAACAGCACGCCCUCCCAGAGGACACUUAGAUAAGGAUCAAUGCACCUACUGUAAAGAAAAAGGCCAUUGGGCACGAGAAUGUUCCAAAAAGAAACAACCCCGCCCCAGCCAAGGACAAUGGCAGCCUAAAACAGCCCCCAUACUGUUUACUCAAGAUACCGAAUAGGGAGAACGGGGUUCGGAUCCCCUCCCCGAACCUAGGAUAACAUUACAAGUGGAGGGGACCCCGGUCCAGUUCCUAGUUGACACGGGGGCACAACACUCAGUUCUGGUCAAGCCCCAUGGAAAAGUAUAUGAGAAAUCAUCCUGGGUACAAGGGGCCGCCAGAAUAAAAAAGUACCCCUGGACAACUCAGAGGACUGUGGACUUGGGAACUGGGAAGGUAACCCACUCCUUCCUGGUCAUUCCCGACAGCCCAUGCCCCUUAUUAGGAAGAGAUUUACUUAACAAGAUGGGGGCCCAAAUUCAUUUCCAGCCGGGAGGACCCACAGUGACAGACUCUCACAACCAGCCCAUAUCUGUACUCACUGUGAGACUAGAAGAUGAAUACAGGCUCCAUCAGAAACCGGAUCAGAGUAUCGAGCCCUGGCUUCAACGCUUCCCAGACGCAUGGGCAGAAACAGGUGGUAUGGGGCUAGCAAAACAUCGCCCAGCCCUAUUUAUAGAGGUCAAGCCCAAGACAGACCCCGUCCGUGUGCGCCAAUACCCUAUGCCCGCAGAAGCCAAAAAUGGCAUCACGCCGCAUAUCCGCCGCCUCCUUGACCUCGGAGUCCUACGCACCUGCCAUUCAGCCUGGAAUACCCCCCUGUUACCUGUGCGCAAGCCCAACAGUGGGGAAUAUAGACCAGUGCAAGACUUGAGAGAAGUCAAUAAGCGGGUGACAGACAUACAUCCAACCAUUCCUAACCCCUGUACUCUCUUGAGCGCCCUGAGCCCAGAAAAACAAUGGUAUACUGUUCUAGAUCUAAAAGAUGCUUUUUUCAGCCUACCAUUAGCGCCUAAAAGUCAAGAGCUAUUUGCAUUCGAGUGGACUGACCCGGACAGGGGCAUAAAUGGCCAACUCACCUGGACCAGACUACCGCAAGGAUUCAAAAACUCUCCAACCCUGUUCGACGAGGCUCUACACGAGGAUUUAAGUGAGUACAGACAACAACACCCAAAUAUAACUCUCCUGCAGUAUGUUGAUGAUCUCUUGAUAGCUGCCGAGGCGCCCAAAACCUGCAUCCAGGGAACCGAAGGUCUCCUGCGAACUCUGGGAACCUUAGGCUACCGGGCCUCAGCAAAGGCUCAGAUCUGCAAGUCAGAGGUAACUUACCUGGGUUACUUACUGAGAGGGGGGCAACGCUGGCUAACGGAUGCCUGGAAGGAAACCGUCCUUUGUAUUCCUAGACCAAAGACACCACGACAGGUGAGGGAAUUCCUGGGGUCGGCUGGGUUCUGCAGACUAUGGAUACCAACGUUUGCUGAAUUAGCAAAACCAUUAUACCAGGCAACAAAAGACCAACAACCCUUUAGUUGGAUGGAAGAAGCCAAACAGGCCUUCCAGCAAAUUAAAACUGCCCUGCUAUCAGCACCUGCCCUGGGACUCCCCGAUGUCUCCAAACCCUUCCACCUAUAUGUGGAUGAAAGCCAGGGCAUAGCUAAGGCGGUGCUAACCCAACAUUUGGGCCCCUGGCGCAGGCCAGUCGCUUAUCUGUCUAAAAAGUUAGAUCCAGUGGCCCCCGGAUGGCCACCUUGUCUCUGGAUGAUUGCAGCCACUGCCCUAAUGGUAAAAGACGCUGAUAAGCUGACCAUGGGCCAAGAACUACAAGUCACCACCCCGCAUGCCAUCGAAGGCAUCCUCAAGCAGCCACCUGACCGAUGGCUGAGCAAUGCCCAACUCACUCAUUACCAGGGACUGCUACUGAACCCCCACAGGAUCAUCUUCACCCCCCCGACAGCCCUAAACCCAGUGUCACUGCUGCCAGAUCCAGACAUGAACCCCACUCAUGACUGCGCUGACAUACUGGCUCAGGUUUAUGGGAUCUGAGAGGACUUGCAGUACCAGCCAUUAUCGGAUGCAGACGCCAUCUGGUUCACCGACAGAAGCAGCUUCGUUCACCAAGGACAAAGGUAUGUGGGGGCAGCCGUGACUUCAGAAACCGAGGUAAUUUGGGCAGAAGCCCUGCCCCCCGGAACCUCGGCCCAAAAGGCAGAACUAAUAGCCUUAACCCAGGCCCUAAAGUUAGGAAGAGAUCUCAAGCUAACCGUGUACAUUGAUAGCCGGUAUGCCUUUGCCACCGCUCAUGUACAUGGGGCGAUAUACAGAGAACGGGGGCUCCUCACAGCUGAAGGAAAAGACAUCAAAAAUAAAGAAGAGAUUCUAGCCCUGCUAACAGCCUUAUGGGAACCCAAAAGGCUAGCAAUUGUACAUUGCCCAGGACACCAGAAGGCAACAGACCCAGUUUCCUGGGGCAAUAAUUUGGCUGAUCAAGCAAAAGACCUAGCCCGGCCCCCAACACAGUUACUGACCCUGCAGUUGCCAGACCCCGGACCCCGGGAAUUGCCCCCCAGCCCUGAAUAUUCGGAAAAUGAUAUUCAAUGGAUGAGUAAACUUCCUAUGACCCGAGUCAAAGAUGGCUGGUGGAGAGACUCCAAGAACAGCAUUCUACUCCCAGAGAAGCUAGGAUGGCGGGUUCUAGAGCAGAUCCAUCACAGCACCCACUUAGGUUCCCGGAGAAUGUUGGACGUAAUGAGACAGACUGGACUGAAAAUCAAAAAUGUCUCCGAUAAGGUUGAUCAAGUAGUCACUAAAUGUACUGUGUGCCAACUCAACAAUGCGAGUAGCAAUCCUCAGACAACAGGGGCAAGACAAAGAGGGAGCAGACCGGGGACCUAUUGGGAAAUAGAUUUCACUGAGGUAAAAGCAGGAAAAUAUGGAUAUAAGUACUUGCUAGUUUUUGUAGAUACCUUUUCAGGAUGGACUGAAGCCUUUCCAACCAAGAAUGAGAUGGUGCAGAUCGUAGCCAAAAAGAUCCUAGAAGAAAUCCUGCCCAGGUAUGGUUUCCCAGUGAUGAUAGGGUCAGACAAUGGACCUGCAUUUGUCUCUAAGGUAAGUCAGGAACUGGCUUCCAUACUUGGGGCUGAUUGGAAAUUACAUUGUGCAUACCGACCCCAAAGUUCAGGACAGGUAGAGAGAAUGAACAGAACAUUAAAAGAGACCCUAACCAAACUGACCAUGGAGACUGGCGCUAAUUGGGUGGUCCUUCUCCCCUACGCUCUGUUCAGAGUGCGUAACUCCCCAUACAAACUGGGACUCACACCCUAUGAAAUAAUAUAUGGUAGACCACCCCCCAUCAUCCCUAACCUAAAAGAUAACCGUGUCAAAACUGAGAACGAUAAUGGUCUUGAACUCUUGUUCUCCCUACAAGCCUUGCAGAGGGUCCAUGAAGAUGUAUGGCCCAAAUUAAAAGAACUUUAUGAGACUGGACCCCCGCCUAUUCCUCAUCAAUUCUGGCCUGGGGAUUGGGUCCUCGUCAAACGUCAUUGGCAGGGGACUCUGGAACCCAGGUAGAAAGGACCCUUCCAGGUCAUCCUGACAACGCCUACGGCCAUCAAAGUAGAUGGAAUCGCCACCUGGAUCCAUUACACCCACGCCAAACCAGUGGACCCGUUCUCAGACCUCAUCGGACCCUCAAAGACAACCUGGACUGUUGACCGGACUAACGACAAUCCUUUAAAAUUGACCCUACGUGGCCAACGGACUGAACCGUAACUAUGGUACUUGCCCUCCUCUCGAUUGUUCUGCAAAUUCUGUCUGUAGAUCCAAACCCCCACAACCCCUAUAAUUUGACAUGGGAAAUUACUAA